CGAGGAAAAAAACAUAGAUUUUAUGUUUUAUUUCUAGUAAACCUGUAAAAUUGUGCAAAAAAGUGAACUAUUUCUGAACCCAAUGUUGUCCCAAUACGUGGAGGAGUUGGAACAGGAUCCCUUCGAAGUGGAGGAGUUUAUCGAACGACUGUGCUGGCGGACCAACAACGAAAUCGGUUCCGAUCAGUUUGAUCCUGAUCUGCUGUACGAGACUUUUGUGGAGACAAUCAAAGAUCUUAAGAUCGUGCAGGAACGGCAGCAGCGGAAAUGUGAUAAAUUAGAGGAAGCCCUCAAGGAGGAGCAGAGUUUGUUUGUGAAAGCAAUCGAUCGUUUCGUCGGUAAGCAUCAAGUUUCUGUUGACUACUUUCAUCAGUUGGAUGAGAAGAUAAACUCCGUGGCUGGUAAGGUGAUUCAUUUGGGUGAGCAGCUAGAAAACGUUAAUGUGCCCAGAAGCCGAGCGGUAGAAGCUCAGCUGUUGUUGAAUCACAUGGGAGACUUUUUAACGCCGGGUCCGAUUGUGAACGAUGUCUACAGUGAUAAGACAAGAUUAUUUGAAGCAGCGGAUAUCAUUCAAAAGCUGUAUAUGAUAUCUCAGGAUUUACCGGCUAAUAGAUUUGCAAACGCGAAGAAAAAAAUUGAAGGUAAAUACGACGAAAUUGAGAUGCAGUUGAUUGAAGAGUUCGCAACAGCACAGAAAACGGAGAGUAUCGAGCGAAUGAAAGAAAUAUCGUCCAUUCUGUCUCAGUUUAAAGGCUACUCUCAGGUUAUUGAUGUCUACAUUGAGCAAAGCCAGGCAGUGACCUACGGAGGAAGGGAUGUUUUCGAUGGAAUUGUUCCGCUUUGUCACAAAAAUUAUAAAAUAAUUCGACAAGUUUUUAAUGCUCCAGACCAAGUAAUGAGCAAGUUUAUUCUGAAUAUUUAUCAGCUAAAAAUCAAUCAGUUUGUGCAAACUAAGCUGGAGGAUCGUAAAGACGAGAGCAAAUACCUAAAGUCGUUAUAUGAAUUGUAUUCUAGAACAUUGAAACUCUCCAAUGAGUUGCAGGAGUUCAUGAAGGAAUCCGAUGAUGAUCUGUUGCAAAAAUUGACAGCUAACAUCUUUUCUACCCAUUUAUGCUCGUACAUAGAGGUAGAAUGUCGUAAUUUGGACGCAAAAUGUCAGCUGGAGUUGCGAAAAUUUUACGAAAACAAGAAUCACCAGAAGAAGCAAGUGGAACGCUUUCAGGAGCUUCGGCGUGAUAUGCAAGCACUGAUCGGUGCACGUGCCAACAUAAACAUCGCUCAAAUUGAAGAUUACGGAGGUGAAACAUUCCUGUCGGAAGAACUGGCCAUAAAUCUUUUACAACAAUCCUCUUGCGCACUGGAACGUUGCUGUCUGCUUUCGAAAGAGGUGGAUUUACCAAAACACAUUCUCAAAAUCGUUGAUAUUUUGUUGAGAUUCUUAUUGCACGAACACGUUGAUUAUGCGUUGGAUCUCGGCCUUCAAGCAAUCCCAAUUGCCGAGUGCAAGUCCAUCCCACAAAUCUACUUCUUUGAUGUGGCACAGAAGUGCAACACCAUCGUGCAUCUGCUGGAAAAAACAUAUAACGCAAGUGUCAUUCCGAACGUCCUGUCCACCGCGCAGUACACGGAUUGCUUGCAGAAAAAGCGCUAUUAUUUGGAGUCGAUUGAAAACAAGAUUGAAACGGGUUUGGAACGCACCCUUAACGCGAUUUUUGGAUGGGUCAAAACGUAUCUGCAAAAUGAACAGAAAAAGACUGAUUUCAAACCAGACUCGGAUGUGGACACGGUAGCAUCCACAGCCUGUCUGGCGGUCGUUCAGUACAUAAACCCAUUGAUUGCGCUAAUCCAACGAACGAUUGAUGGUGAAAAUUUGACAGCUGUAAUGAACGAGUUCGGUAUUCGCUAUCAUCGGGCAAUUUACGAGCACCUGCAGCAGUUCCAGUAUAAUACAGCCGGGGCCAUGUGUGCCAUCUGCGACGUCAACGAGUACAGAAAGAGUGCCCGGGCUCUGCAGGCGCCGCUAGUGACGCAACUGUUCGACGUACUGCACGCUCUGUGCAACCUGCUUUUGGUUAAGGUGGAAAAUCUGCAGGAAGUGUGCGGCGGAGAGACGCUUAAUUAUCUGGACAAAUCGGUAGUGAUGAAUUUCAUACAGCUGCGCAGCGACUACAAGACUAUUAAGAUAUCUAACUCUUUGAAAGGCAUCUCCGAUCAGCGAACUAUUUAGAAAUUCGAGGAUCUAAUAAAGCGAUAGAACAUAUCUGAAUAUUGGUAACAAUUCAGUUUAGUUCUGUCGCUCGCACUGGAAACCAUGAUCUAUUUUAUGUAUGUACGUUAUUGAAUAAAGCUAUGUAUCGUCCAGUUUAGCUAAAACUUUCUCCAAAUAGUUCACAGCCUUAGUGUACCGUGCUGGAUGUUGAACAGAUUGAAUAGACAAGUUGGCUGCGUGAGAAAAACGAAACCGGGCAAUAAAGUAAUCGAAAUUUACUGAUUCAGGAGGAGUAAGUGUCCGGGAAGUUCACAAAGAAGAAUAUUUUGUGUUGCACGAGCCAUCACAGUAUAACUAAAUAUUUUGCUGAAAAGCUAUCAGUUACUCGAUUUGAACAUUUUUCAUUUCUUCUCUCUAAAAGACAGUAUAUGGAUAUUCCUUACCGUUUGAAAAUCAACUCUAUAUUUAAGUUAAUCCUUAAUAUAUUGAGAUCUUAUUUUUAUUUUAUUACGAAAGCAUACUG